GCGCCGGGUCCGCUCGUGAAGCUCGGCGGGGUCCUGCGCGGCUCCCCUUGGAUGGGAGACCGCGGGAGGCCCGCGUCGCCCCCCGCCCGGCGCCCCGUGUGCCCCGUGUGCCGCGGGGGGCGAGGCGCGGGGCCCGGCUGCGCGGCCGCGCGUUGAAGGAGCGACUUUCCGCUCUUCGAGGCGGUCAUAAGGGCGGGCCCCGAUGCAUCCCGUGCUGAAGGCCUUCGUCUGCGGCUCCAUCAGCGGCACCUGCUCCACGCUGCUCUUCCAGCCCCUCGACCUGCUGAAGACCCGCCUGCAGACCCUGCAGCCGGCCGUGGGAGGGUCCGGUCGUGCUGGGAUGGUGACAGUGCUCUUCAGAGUGGUUCGUACUGAAAGUCUUCUGGGGCUCUGGAAAGGUGUCUCUCCCUCCUUUGCAAGAUGUAUUCCUGGGGUUGGGAUUUACUUCAGCACUCUGUACACCAUGAAGCAGAAGUUUUUAGGGGACCGUUCACCCACAGCCCUGGAGUCUGUCUUUCUGGGUGCCACUGCACGUGCAAUAUCUGGGAUUUGCAUGUUGCCAGUGACAGUGGUGAAGACACGGUAUGAGAGUGGAAGAUUUGGCUAUGGGAGCGUGUACGGAGCUCUGAAGAGUAUCUAUCAGACGGAAGGGGCUCGCGGCAUGUUCAGUGGGCUCACUGCCACUCUGCUACGGGACGCACCUUUCUCUGGGAUCUACCUGAUGUUCUACACACAGACCAAAAAACUCACACCUCAGGACCAGCUGGAUCCAGUGCUCAUGCCUGUGGUGAAUUUUGGCUGUGGGAUCUUUGCGGGAAUCUUGGCUUCGCUGGCAACGCAGCCUGCUGAUGUCAUCAAAACACACAUGCAGCUGUCCCCUGAAAAGUACCGCAGGACAAGCCAGGCCAUUGCCUUCAUCUACAAGGACUUUGGGUUGGUCGGCUUUUUCCGAGGUGGCGUGCCUCGUGCCCUCAGGCGUACUCUGAUGGCAGCAAUGGCAUGGACUGUAUAUGAACAGAUGAUGGAAAAAAUGGGCUUGAAAUCUUGACUGACUUGCUCUAGAACUGACCAGCCUCACUCCUUCUCCUGCUUGCUGUGACCAGCUGGCACUGGGAAGUUCCCAGUUCCAUGGAGGAAUAAGCCUUGCUCAGCUGGGAGGAAGAAAGCCCUUCUGAGACAGAGGAUUAGGCCUUUAGGGAAGUAGAAGAAAGAAGGAUCAAAUCUUUGCAUCUUUUGAUCAAUGCAUUCCAGAAGGACUGCCUUGGGCAAGAUUUCCACAGCGUGGUAUCUGUGCUGAGAGAAGCCCAUUUUAAAAAUAGCUCCAUGCUUACCACCUUUGUGCAAUGAGAAACUGCUGAACAAAAGUGUUUGAGGAGAAAACAGUGAAGGCAGUGCUGGUUGCAGAACCUGCCCACCUGUUCCUUGCUGUCUGGCCAGUAAGGCCAUCAUGAUACACCGUCUGAUGCAGAUCCUUCUUCCUCAUAUGCUUUGUUCUCACUGGGAGCACUGCAGACCACAGUAGGACACUGGAUAUGUCUCGUGAUGUUUAUAAUGCAAGAGUGGAUGGAAGAGAAAUGAAGCACUGAAGGAAAGCUAGGAGUGCAUUUUCUGUCAUCAUUUUUGUACUGUGCUUGAUAGCAGAGAAGGUAACGUGAACCUCCUUGCUGUGUUGUGUCAUUAGGUAAACGAGCAUCUUAACACUUCAAAUACAUUUCUACAGCUACAGCAGUGUUUGCACUGGAAUUAAAAAGAAUAAGGCACUUUAAACCAGAAGGAGAGAGCGCAUUAGUUGCUGCCAAAAUUCUGCUGGUUCCCUGAAAAACAUUUUUCCUGCUGGUCAGACUACGUCAGGAACACUUAAAUGUUUUUUAUCCAGUUGUACUAGAGACUUACUUACUCACUUCCUAUUACUUGUUUGCUGAUCCCUCUGUACAAGCUGCUCCUUAGAUGUAGCUCUUAAGAUCAUAGCUCCCAGUGCAUAAAUGUGUAAUGGAAGCAGAUACAGAUACUGACACUGUAAAUUUCCCUGAGAAGCCACUGUUGACUGCAUGUGGAAUAUCUUUGGUUUGGGAGAGAGAAGGCUGUUCUUUUCUGUAAGCUUUCUCCAAAGUUUGAGGUGUUUGAGUGUUUGGUAGGGACAAAGAAACCCUGGACAGAUUGUCAGACAUUCAUUUUCUCUUAGCAGGUAGCCUGUUUUUAUUUCAGUAUUCCUGAGUUUAAACUUGGAGAGGAAAUUCACUUUUUUUUAAAAUCAGCUGUGCCUUUUUCCUCAUUCCUACUUCAGGCCCCAUAGCAUGAGCUUUCCAGUCUUAGUACAGCCUGCUCCCCUCUUCACUUGUGUAAUUCACUUUAAAAUCAGAGCAGAUGUUAAAGUCAGAGCGGAUGUGUCUAAAUAUGAAUGUAGCUGUAUUGUUGUUGAGAAUUGAAGUAUUACUUGCGUAACCAGUGCCUGCGCUGGCAACCUUCAGACCACAAGACCAGAGGAGACACGGGCUGUAAAAGAUGCAUUUACCAGAUUCCAGAUGCAGGGAGCUUUGAGUGAUGUGAAAAUGAAGUCUGAGAAAAGUGUAAGGCACAGGAGAGGUUGUGGAGGGUCCUGGGUGCAUUUGUGCCUGACGAAUAGAGCACAGCAUCACAUCACUCCAGUCAGACUGGCAAGCUGGCAGAUGCCCUGUGCUGCUUCUGGCUGUCAGGCAUGUGGGCUGAUCAUUUGCCAAAUCUGAAAUCUGAAGAGCAGUUCCUCCCUUUUGCUGUCCCUCCUACCUUUAGUGACCUGAACUUGUGAGUGCACGUGACGUGGCUGUGCAUCCUGCUGUCAGUUACCUUGGGCGCUGCUGACACAGAGCUGCAGAACUGAGCCAAGCGCUGCUGACCUGGUGGAGUCUCUUAUUCUGCUAUGCUCACCCUGCACCAGCAGUGUGGCUAUUUCUGGGGCUUUCUUAUUCUGGGGUGUGAGGUGGAUCUGUUGUGCAUCUUGUGUUGUGGCACUCAAGGGCUACACGGGGUUACCUGCAAGAUGCUUCCCUAAUAUUUUAUAGUUGCUGAUACAGCAAUGGGAAAGCGCUGUGCAACUCAUGCAGAUGGAAGCUCAAUGAGGCAUGUGAGCGAAGAAAGCUAGGUGACAAAUCUUGUACUAAGUUAUGUCCUCAUCAGAAAUCUGAAAUGCAGGAACGCUUCAGUGGCUUUUAGGCCCUCCCCUCAUGGCUGGACAAGUAACAAAGACCUAAAGAAUCUAGUCUGACCUGUUGGUGUCUUAAAGUCAACUGAUUUUUGUCUGGAUUUUAGCCUAAAGCAGUGUUGGCUUUCUCUUUGUGAAAGCUCUUCCAUUCCCCACAUUUUUGGAGAAUGAGGAUGCUCUUCAUUGUUGCAACACUGUGAAAAAGUAUAUGCCUUUGACUUGUGAACUAGCCUGGGCUCUUGGAAUUUAACAAAUCUAAAUUUCACCAGGUCUUUCAUCAACCCUUGGUGCUGCAAAUCCAAAAACCUCUCUACAUAUGAGCUAGUGAGUUUUGUAGUGUGAGUUUAUUAUUUCUUGUUACUUCCCUUACAUAUAGGAUAAGAGAGAGCCUGAAGUUCUGCUUUGCAAUCAGAAAUCUGUAUCAGAUAGGCAGGUACAAGAUUCAGCUUCCUCGGCUCUGAUCCUUACUACCCCCUUACCGUUUUACUCCCUUCCAAAACAUUCUGUUUCUUAAGUGAUUUGUUGAAGUUACUUUUUGAUAGUUAUGGCAAGUCAAAAACAAGUGUUUGGGUAUAGUGCUUGUGAUGUUUUAUGCUUCUAAUGAACAACAAAUUGUUGUUGUACAACCUAAAUGCAAAUACAAACCAAAGAAAAUUCCAGAGGCAGGUACUGGAUCUCCUGUCUGCAGAACCCCUACAAUUCAGCGCUAGCAAUCCCACCAGAUAAUCAUUUACAAAGUCAUUUUAGCUUGGAUUUUGGAGAAGCUGGUGUGAUAGUGUGAGCUUCAUUUUAGGUAUGCCAGAUCACCGUGAGACCCCUCUCCCACUGACCUCAGCUGUUGGCAAAUCAAUCUUCGUGAAAGUGCAUUGACUCUGUUGCCCCUGCAGCUGUGCUGUAAGAACACAACUGGUUAACAGGUUGAGGCAGUCAAUCUUUACCUGAAUUAUAAAGACACUAGAGAAAUAGUCUGAUUGCCUAUUGAUUUUGUGUUAUUUCCAUGCUGCCUGUAGUGUUGUUUUUUCUUCUCUUGCACUGUUUUAAACAGAACUGGAGCUUUGGAACAGAGUACAGGUUUGAGUUUUUUGAGUGUAUGUUUACAUGAAAUAUUUAUGUGAUAAGGAAUAUAUUUAUAUUAAAAGCUUUGGUUGCCAAAAUUAA